AUGGGUUAUUCACCGAGAGGGAGUAGAUAUGAACAACUCAGAUAUAUACAUGCGGGCACACCUGCAUUUUCGACUAUUGUUCAGUUGGUGGAUACCGGUGCAAACAAUUUUAUAAUGGACGUCGAAUUCCCAGUGCACGUGUGGACUUUAUGCGAUUGGAAUACCGCCUGGUAUCUUUUGUUCAAACCAAUAGAGACAGACGCUGAUAGAGAUCAGAUUAAAAAAGAAUUAACGGAAUUUCGUGCUGGAUGGUUCCACAAGUCUUGGGGUCAGAUUCCAGCUGGGGGAAUCGAAGGUGUUUCAAAGCUGAUUUCAAUUUUGAAACUGUGUUUCUUCACCAUCAAAUGGAUAAAAUUGAUCGUCCACUGA